AUGACUAAGCCAACUGGUCCAACCGCGUCAGAGGCCGAGUCCAAGUCCAUUGAACCAGCCAAGACCGGGCUGGAGCCUGGCCAGAGCAACGUCAGUGAUGCUCUGCCACUGCUAAGCCCCAUGCGCUCUGCUCCCCACCACAGCGUCACCAUCUCUCUCGCCCAUGCAUCGCUCGCCUUUCCGCAACCCAAACGCAGCUCCCCCAGAUCAGACGCAUACACUGCCGCGGCCGACUUAGCUGGGACCACGGAGCUGUAUAAUUUCCAGACCGACCUGCAGACCGCAUCCCGAGACCUGCCUCUGCCCCUCACGACCAGGCGCAACAGCACCGUCCCGCAGUGCCGAGCUUAG